CCGGGCGGGUGGUGUGUCCAGGGUACGUCCAGCUCCAACUCGUCCUUGUACAACGCCCCCCGGCGCAAUAUGCGAUGAUACUUACCGCGCCGUAAUAUUCAGGCUUGUCCUCCCCCAAACAUCCAGCAUCCCCGAGAGCCCUUGGUCGCUUCGCUCAGGGGACCCCCCCCCCUCCCUCCCUCCUAACCCGUCAUCUGGUGCUGUACAUUGACGGGCACGCAGUCGCCCACUCAGGCAGCUGAAUUGCUCUGGCUGCCGGGCGGGAUCUUGUCUUAUGCGUGAUUAAUCUAUAAUUACCGCGAUGGCUAAGGACGCUGAGAAUUCCGCAACCGCCGCCGCCCAAUCAAAGCGACCGCCUGUCAACCGCCAUGAUAGCGAUUCGCAAGCCAGCGAUCAUGCAUCCCACCAACACCAUCGAACCAAAGGCCCGAAACACGUUGUUGGCGGAGCUGGCACACGUAUCCAUCCCCGCGUUCCCUCGUCCAAGGCCUUAUACAACAAGAGCCAUUCUGCGUCGACCUCGAGGCUGAACCGACGAGUCGCCUCUCCCUCCCCCGAGCGCACCUCCGCCGUUGCCCCCAACCAAAGCCACCGUCGUACAACCUCCGACCUAAAGCUACAGCGCGACACGCCUUCCAACCUCAAGGAAAACACCUCCCAAUCCAGCUUGAAGCGAAACCGCUCCCAGGUCGAGAUAGGAAAGCGGUCUAAAUCUGCUGCGAACAUCAAGCGGUCGACGUCGCAUAAGGAAGUCAACAAGCUGAAGAGCGGGAAGGGCCAGGUUCAUUUCGAUUUGGGCAGCGACCAGGAGGACGAGUGGGUUGACGCCAGCGCAUCAGCCUCGCCCUACCUGUCGAGACGCGGCUCGACCAUCAGCAGCGAACCGUCUCCGGCAAAGCCGCCGCGCGCUGAGGGCAAUUCGCGACCUCAGACUCCCCACCGAGAAUCCCCCAGCCGCACGCAAGAAGUCUCGCCCGACCGCGACACGGCGCAGCAUAACCAAUACAUCACGUCCCGCCUCCUGCAACGAACCCCUUCUUCCGGCGCGCCACCCCAGAUGUCCAACGAAACCGUCUCGGUCCAUCCCAACUCGGGGUCGCCCGAAUCGCAAAUCGGCCGCGACCCGACGAGUCUUUACGGCACUCCGAAGAACGGCGCCGUGGUCGGCAGCGGACAGGAGGAACUUAUCUCCCGCUUCGUCAGCGGCGGCUCCGGAUCCGGCGCCAACGUCGACAGCGGGUCAUUCUUUGCGGCCGCACGAGCGACGAGCCAGCGCAGCGAAGGGGUGCGGCGACCUCAAUCGCUCAGCAACUUGAACGAGAAUUAUCGAGCGUCGGUGAGCGAGGACGAGAGCGAUAGCGCCCUAGCCCCGCGUACGAGAAAAUCGGGGCACCGAGCCGCGCCCGCGGAAAAGUCGCGAACGCAGCAGAAGCUGAAUCUCCAGCGCGCGAGUUCUUCUAUCGAGCCCCCCCAGGCGGUCGGCGGCGUCGGCGUCGUCGGCGCGAGCCCUUUGGUGGGCGGUACCGGCAGCUACGACAGUCGGGAUCCGCGCAUCGGUAAGCUGCUCGAGCGCACGGGCAUGGAGUACCUCGUGGUCCGGCGGUACCAGAACCCUAUCGCUCGUUCGAUAGCCAGACUGUCGCGUCUGCCCGGCGCGGACAAGAACCUGCAUAUACACAAUCAGAAUGGAAGCAACGGGGCGGCGAACGGGAAGAGGGCGUCGGCCCCGCGUGGCGCCGGUCCGGGCGGCGGGGACGUGGCAAAAUCCAGGCCCGCCACGCCCCGACGGGCCGCUUCGGUGAAGGCGAACGGGGCAAGUUCCAGUUUCGAGGAGGAGAGGAUUCAGGAUCGCAUGAGCGGAUCCAGCUAUACGGAGGGCGAAGACGACGGCGUUGCCGCCAUCCUACGAAAUCUCUGGGAUAAGAACCUGGACCUCAGCGCAAGCCAGGGCUAAGUAGCGCCUUUCUUGUUAUUAUUGCGGGGGGAGUCGUCGUCAUAAACCUGGACGAGGCCCCCGACGUCCAGGGACAGACAACCCCCCCGCCGGAGAGAAUAUUCAUGCGCAUCGGCGGGGCAUAGCAAAGGGAAAACGGACUGUAAUUAUUAAUCUCUGUACGCGGGAUCCCUCGCAUCAGUGCGAGAGGAGACUUGCUUCAUGUUGUUGUUGUUGUUUUUUUUGGUUCCCGCAUUAGGGAGCGACCGCGGGACUCUCGAAGCAUCAGGCGCAACGCAUGUACAUAUUUUCUUUAUUCACACGCUGUUCACGCGCGCAACGCCCGAAACACCGCGCGAGGCUAGGCUAGGCUAGCCUCUCACCCCCUCCCCUCCCCUCUUCCCCGCGCCGCAUGCCUCGGACGUACCCGCGGGCUUCCGUCCGCUGCCGCCGCUGCUUAGACCCGAUCUGCCUUCCGUCUUCUCGAUCCGCCGUAAGCCUGCCCUAGGUUCGUAGCAGGGAAAGGGAGCUUUGGGGGGGGAGGGGGGGGAUGUAAUGUGCUGUCGGCGCGCGCCGUCCAACGGUGGGUGCGUCUUGUACGCCAGGCCGGGGGAAGGACGGAUUCCGCAGGGCUGCCUGACGUACCUAAUAGGCACCUAGUAGUGCACUGCGGGCGGGUCGACGUCGGGGUUGGCGCUCCUGGAGAUGCGCGGAGGAGAGCCAGCUGAAAGGGGUGAUGCUGGGG